AUGCCUCUCAUCGUUGAAUUUAUUCAGUUCAGGCAUUCAGAUAAAAAAGACGAAUGGCGGAUUCCGGAGACCCGUGGGAGUUCAUUUCCGGCAACAAGGCCGGAAGCACAGCAACAUUCUUCUGACAUACGGAGUAAAAUUACCAUACUGGGAACUAGACUGGAUAACCUGCAGGCUCUUUUGUCUAAUCUUCCUACAAAGCAGCCUCUAACAGAUAAAGAAAUGAAUCGUCCCGAGGACAUGGUUGCAAAUUUAAGAUCAAAAGUAGACCAGAUGGCUUCCACAUUGAACAUGUCAAGCUCUAAGAAUAGGGACAAUUCACUUGGGCCAGAAAUCAAGCCCGCUGAUGCCAUGAGCGAAACAAACUACUAUGACAACUGUGGUAGUAUUGGUCUUCAAAGACAAACAGUAAAAGAUCAAGAUGAGGGCCUUGAGAAAUCAGAGGAGACAGUUAUACGCACCAGGCAUAUUGUGUUGGCAGUCAACGAGGAACUUGAUCUACGUACAAGAGAUAUUAAUCUGGACCAACAUGCUGAUUCUACAGACUCCAGAUUGCAGGGAUUGCAGAAGAGGCUUGGAAUAUUUAGAUGA